CAUAAGUUGAUGUUUCUUUGCCGAAAGUUUACCGAGAUCGAUAAAAUGUUUGGAAUAUUAUCGGAUGUUCUGCAGACGGCUGCCGACGUGCUUGCGCCACCCCCAACGGCACUGCAGGAUUUUGACUACCACUAUCGGUUGGUCAAGAAUUUCUACGUUGCGGACAAAACCGUACCAAAGAUACACAUCAACGACACCAACAUUCCAGCGCACCUCGACCAGAUGCUGCAGAUUCUGAUACGCGAGGAGCAAGGCACGGAAUCGAGCGUGAAAGCCGACACCACACCGGAUGCCCUUGAAGCAACGCCAACCGGCACGGAAAGGCCACCGAAGGUGAAUCAAACGCCACCAAAGGCAGAGUGCAUGGAAUUCGUGCUAAGCAACCGACCGCUCGAUGUGCUGAUAGAGUUGGCCGUAAACGACACACCUCCCGGAGCGCGUUACAUCGUGCUGAAUUGGGUGCGACGGUUCCUGUCUUGUCUCAAUUGUCCACCACUGGGGCACGCCAGCAUCUUUCAGCCCGUGCAGCGGCUAGUAGAAAUCUGUAACGGCACCCACGCCUCCCCGUACGAGCGGGAAGAGAUACUGUUCCUCGAGACAGUGGCAGGGUUGGUGCGCAAGGAUUCGAUACUGGUCAACCUGUUCCUAAAGUCUCACCAUCAUUCCGCACAAAUGCUGUCCAAUUGGAAAGGGCUCGGCGUAAACAAGGCUCCGGUAAACAAUCCGCUGUUCGUGAGCACCAAAAUCGAGUACGAUUCGCGACGAAUCUCGCUGGUGGCGGAUGACGGCGGUGGCCCGUCGGAGAGUGCACCCGUGGGAAGGCCGUACCGUGAUAACAACCCAGUGGCCGAUAAUGAAGACGACGGUGGCAAAGGUGAUCUCGAGAGCUGUGAUUGUGACGAUGAAGACCACUUCAUCCUCUUUGAUGCGAUAGUUAGUUAUUUGGAUAGCGCGGACAGCACCAUAGUCGUGCGAGCGUGCGAAGGCGUUCUCAUACUGGCGUCAUUACCGACGCUGCAACAAUCGUGCAAAGCGAUCCGGAACACGAUCAGCCGGUUCGCUACCAUGAUGGCAUCGCGGCUCGCAUCAAACUGUCAGCAAAUCCCGGAGGACAUGGACACGGGUGAUAUCGAGGAUGCCAACGUAACCUGGGGGCUAUUUCCUCGUGAUCCCGAACAACCACACUACAUCGGCAGAUAUCAGCUGACGGCGUUUCUCUGCUGGUUAGAUUAUUGCGAUUGUUUGCUGAAGGAAAGUCAGCUGCUUGUGCCCGAGCUGGGACCACGUGUUCGUGAGGAAAUGCUGAUCAAUUACGUCGAACCGGCGCUGUUGGGUUGCUUCGCUCCCUUCAUGCUGGUGCUUACGGCCAAAAUUAUCAAGAAAACCCAAUCGAAGGCGCUACUAGACGAAAUUGCCAACUGGCUGAUUGGAGAGGACGAACUGAUGGAUGUGAAUAACUGUCUGCUGACGAUUCUGAUCGAAAAUGCACACGAAAACACGGACAUUCUGUUGCCGACGUUGCAGUUCGUCGAGUCGUUGCUUGAUAAUCCGCACGAAAAGAUCUUGCACGGAAUGUUGUUCUUUUACAUCAACAACCGCGGUUACUACGACGUAAGCUCGCAAACAAUCCAAUCGUGGUCGGACGAGGAAGAUAACCGUGAGCGACGGCGUGGUAGUGCGGAAGAUCCGAUCAAGUCCCGCACGCUUGCACCGAGCAAUAUCCUGCGCGUGAUUAAUCAUUUUCUGCUGUUACUGCCACGGCAAAUCAUCAACGAUGCCGGUGGCAUAUGCUACGAGGAGUACAUGCAGGACGCGAAUCGCCAUUACCAAACAUGGAUCAAGAAGACGCACGGUUUCACCUGGCCAGUGGAAGCGAUAUGGCCAAGUAGCGGCGAAACGUCCCCGCUAGCAGGCAACAGCGUCGAACCAUCGGUUUCGGUGACAUCCGGCUUAAUGACGGUCGUUCCACUGCCUCCGGUGAAGCUGCCCAAAAGCAAACACCGAACGAAGUGCGGUUCCGACAGCUACGCAAGUGUCGAUUUGCAGACGUGCGGUGAUAGUGGUAUUUCGGAGGAAAGCUUCUACGAAGGACCCCUGCUUAAGCUGCUGUUUUCGCACAUAAAACAGAUGAACACGCAACCGUACGAGUUGAAUCUGGCCGUCAUCGCUAUCCUGUCCAAGUUGGCGCUGUUCCCUCAUCCGUACUUACACGAGAUUCUGCUCAACCCGGAGAUCCCGGUGGCAGCCGGUGCGACGACGCUCUGGUCCGUGAUGCAGUUCCUCUCCCGUCAGCUACUGACGGAGAUCCCACGCGUGGAGGGGUUCCAGGAAAAAAUCAAAGACACUGGCCGACGGUUGCUCUCGAAUCCGCCUCUAUACCACAAGGACUGCGAGAACGGUGAACCGGCGGGACAUUCGAGGGGCACCGGAGCGACCACCGAGGAGGAAGAUGAAGAAAUCAACGAUCCACUGUUCGAGUCGAUCGUGGUGUUGGAGGAGUUCUGCAAGGAGCUAGCGGCCAUCGCCUUCGUAAAGUACCAUCACGCCAAGGAGUAGGGUGCUCCGUACGCUUGAAAACGGUGGGAAAAAAUUGGAAUACUUUGACUAAGUAGUGUAAAUUCGAUUCGGCUCCCGAAUAUUUCCAGUGCUUAAUUUAUUAGGCGUUCUUUACCACGUCCCAGCCCUUUUCGCCCCUGUUCUUUGAGGACGCACAUUAGACGUUAAGUAGUGCAAUACCGUUUGGGAUCCGUCGUCCGUUGACGAGUUUUAUGUUUUUCUAUCUUUUUAUGUGCGGUCUUCAAUUGUGUCCUAUCUAGUCGUCGCCAAAAAAAAACAAACCGCGCAAUGUAAACCAUUGGGGGAAAAAUAAGAGAAUUUAAACACA